GGCAGUGGCGGAGAGCCAGGGUGGGAGCCGGAACCUUCCGCCGGACCCGGUCAGCAUGCUGCACGCCACAUUCAGCGCCACCGCUGCCGGAGGACACACAGCUGACCCGCUCGGACCGCAGAGGGCACAGCCGGCGCCGUGGAAACGGUCGCGCACCGCGAACGCGUGAAGCCCGCCCGCACUCCGAGCCCGCGGGGAGACGGGGAAAGUGGCAUGCUGCGGAGAGAAAUACCAUGAGGAUAUAUUAUGAAGAAGGUUAAAGCCUUCCCCCACACAGGUCUUUGGAUCCAAAUGUCAAAUCCGAGGGAGGCUCCUUCAGUCAGGGGCCAGCCGCCUGUGACAAGUGUGUAAGAGAGAAGUCCUGCAUGACAAGCCAGCUGAGCACUUCCCACUUUACUCCAUGCCACACCAUUUUAAAUUGGUCCUCUCUGGGCUGAAAGCAAAAUGUGAUGAGCUGUGCAAUCAUCUUUUAACCGAGCAUGGACAGAUGCAGGCAAAGGACCCGCACAGGUUAAUGAGCCUAUUGCUCUUGUAUUGGGAGUUUAGAAUAGGCAAUUAUAGGAUCUCCCCCCCUACAUGACUUCGACUUAGUGUACUCAACAACAAAGUAAGCGGCAAGAGCUGUCAAAGAACUCGUUCUUGUUGGAUUUUAUUACAUUUUUUUGACAGUUGCAAAGCCCCUCCCAAUCUUAAACGAUGGAGUUACAAGCUCGGGUGUGGAAUAAAUGCUGGCCUAUGUUUCUCCGAUCAUGGAUAACCAUCCUGUUGGGCCUUCACGUGCAGUUCUACUGGGCCGCAUCCUGUCCAGACGAGUGUCGCUGCGACAGAACUUUUAUUUACUGCAAUGAGCGGAGUCUGACAUCAGUGCCUCUUGGAAUACAGGAGGGUUACAAGACUCUCUACCUCCACAACAACCAAAUCAACAAUGCUGGAUUUCCUGUGGAGCUGCACAAUGUCGCCUCCGUCGAAACGGUUUAUCUCUACGGCAACCAGCUGGACGAGUUUCCUCUCAAUUUGCCCAAAAAUGUCAGAGUGCUCCACCUUCAGGAGAAUAACAUCCAAACCAUAUCCAGGGCGGCCUUGGCCCAGCUCUUAAAGCUGGAGGAGCUGCACCUGGAUGACAACUCAAUCUCCACUGUGGGGGUGGAGGAGGCCGCCUUCCGGGAAGCCAUUAGCCUUAAGCUCCUGUUUUUGACAAAGAACCACCUGAGCAGCGUUCCGAUUGGGCUGCCCGUGGACCUGAAGGAGCUGCGUCUGGACGAGAACCGCAUUGCGGUCAUCGCGGAGGAAGCGUUCAAGAACGUCACGGAGCUGGAGCGUCUCAUCCUCGACGGGAACCUGCUCACCGACGAGGGGAUAGCCCCGGACACCUUCCAAGAUUUGGUUAAUCUCCGAGAGCUGUCAAUGGCCCGAAACUCCCUCACUGUUCCUCCCUCCAACCUCCCGGCUGAGUUUUUAGUCAAACUCAACUUGCAGGAUAAUCAAAUGAAUGAGAUCCCUGUGACAUCCUUCUCCAGCCUCCGCCAGCUCGAGAAACUGGAUAUUUCUAACAACCAGCUGCAGUCGCUGACAGAGGGGGUCUUUGAUGGCCUUUUCAGCCUCAGACAGCUCACUGUUCGAAACAACUUGUGGCACUGUGACUGCAACAUUAAAUGGGUCAUCGUGUGGUUAAAGUCUCUGCCAGGGACUCUCAACGUCCGUGGAUUUAUGUGCCAAAAGCCUGAGAAAGUACGUGGCAUGGUAAUCAGAGAGCUGAAUAUGGACCUGAUCCAGUGCCCCAACAGCACGCUCUCCGUGCCACGGUUCACCCAGCUGCCCACACACCUUCCCCUGCCCACCACCACCACCAGGCCUGCCUGGGUGGUGCCGUUCUCACCUCCAGUUGAUCUGGCUCCAUCCACACCACCAUCCCACCCGCUUCCUCCGCCGACGCUAAGCGGCGACAGCGAACAGAGGACUAAGCCCCCCAAUCCUCCCGACCGCGACCGAGAUGCUCUUCAGAUUUCCUUUCAUGUUGUGAACGGCACUUGCAUUCAGGUAAGCUGGACGUCUGUCUUUUCUGUCAUGGCCUUUAAGGUGUCUUGGGUAAAGAUGGAUCACAGCCUGACAGGCGAUAUCGUGCAAGAGAAGACGAUCAGUGGUGACCAUCAGAGACUCAGCCUGGGCAAACUGCAGCCUAAGUCUACAUAUCGCAUCUGUGUAUUCCCAUUAGAUGCGUUCAAUAACUACAGUCCAGGAGACUAUACAGUUUGUUCAGAGGCUACGACUAAGUCUGCUUCUUUUGGCUCUGAUAACAAGGCCACUGGGCCAGAGCAAGCCACUCAGCAGGACCCAAGCUCCCCAUUUCUACUGGCUGGACUGAUAGGUGGAGCAGUGAUUGUUGUCCUGGUGGUGUUGUUGAGCAUAUUUUGCUGGCACAUGCACAAAAAAGGACGCUCCUCUUCAUCAAAGUGGAAAUAUAAUCGAGGGAGAAGAAAAGAUGAUUACUGUGAAGCAGGAACAAAGAAGGAUAACUCUAUUCUUGAAAUGACUGAAACCAGUUUUCAGAUAGUCACCUUAAAUAAUGAACAGCUCCUUAAAGGAGAUUUCCGAAUACAACCAAUUUACACCCCAAAUGGGGGCAUUGGAUUCAGAGACUGUCAAUUUGGGAACAACAGCAUAGCAUACUGCAAGAACAAUGUUCCAGAAGCAGACUGUUGCCAUACAUGAGGGUAUUCAGAAGAUGUUAAAACAUUUGUCUUGAGAAAACAGUAAAAAUACAUUUCCAAGACCUAUCUACUUUGUAAUUUAUACUGUGGACUAAAAUGUGGAAAUCUGCAACCUUUUUUAUUACUUAGUUUUGUUUUCUUGUUUUCAAAGUAAGUUACUUAUUUUAGUUGGAAAUUAAAAAAUAAGUAAUUUACGGUUAAGAAACUAAUGACUGUACAGAGGAAAUUGUACAAUCAAAGCUCCUUGGAUUAUUCUUACAGAAGCUGUUUUCUUUUGCUUUUCAACACUAUGGAGGCUGGUACACUUUCUUAAUCACAGAAGGGAUGCAACAAUUGCACAACCCCAUACACAUUACAGUUUGCAGGACGAAUGCUGGUUACCAGAUAUAAACAGUACUGAUUAGUCUGCAUUUGAAAAAUGAAUCACAGAAAAUUUCAGUACAUUUUUAGAGGGACAAAGAGCAUGAACAGAAUAUGAAGUCAGCCAUUCAGGAAAUACAUUAGUGUCUAAAUGUCAAGGUUUUAUUUCUUUAUUUUGGCCUUAAUAGCUCCUGAGGAAAAAAUGAGAAAAAAGUAAUAUACAAUAUAGAAUACAGGCUAAAGCUCCCACCCCCACCCUACAUCCCCACUCGUCAACACAGACCACAAGGUGGCAGCUUUUUUCAGCCUAAAAAGAUAUGAGUUUCUGAUAUUUAUAGUGCAGUCAAGAGGAUGCACCGUUUGCCACCUUGUUGCAAUAAGCUUUGGUUUCUUUUUGAGGAGAUUACUACACCGAUACAAAAUAGUGCAUUGAUGUUAUGCAGAGAGAGAAAACAUGUACUUAACACAAUAUGUACAUAUUAAUCAUUACAACCGUAAAUGCUUUAUACAAAUACAAUACAUUCACAAGGAAAGCUAUAUAUCGCUUAUGAGAAAGAUUUUUUUUCCAUAUCUUGAGAAAAUAGGCACCUUGCACCUUGAAGUGAAAGCUCUAUUUUACUUAAUUUUCCUCAUAGCCAAUAUUUAUUUUGCAAGUCACAAUCCAGCCCCCACUCUCAAGUUCAAUAUUAUUAUUAUUAUUAUUAUUAUUAUUAUUAUUAUCAUUAUUAUUGGUAGUAGUACAUUGAUUAAAUAUUACUUUCAAAAGCCAAUGUUUUCCUGGAAUUUGAGACGGUUUCAUUGUUUCAAAUGUGCAACGACAUGACAAGAUAUAUGAAAGCUUAAUGAGAGAUGUUACUUGGGCAUGAUUAUUUUAUGUCAAGUACCUCUGUCUAAAUUGUCUGGCCGUAAAAUAGGAUAUACUUAAAACCCCCUUUAAUUGAUAACAUACAGGCUGAUUACAACCAGCAUUGUUGCAAAUGUAAUCUCUCUCUCUCUCUCUCUCUCUCUCUCUCUCUCUCUCUCUCUCUCUCUCUCUCUCUCUCGCACACACACACACAACAGCUUCAGUUGUUUCUUCAACAACAGUGUUUCUUAUCCAUUUCAAUGAUUAUAAAAUUGCUCACAUUUGUAUGUGGCUAUACCAUGAAUUUCACAGGUGUAUAAAAGAGAGGUCACCAGCUGUCACUUGUCCCAGACCAACAGGCUGUAAUUUACAAAUGAAAAAAGCAGAAACCAUCAAAGAGGGUAGCAUGUUGGGUCUCAAGAAAACGUCCUCUAGACUGGCCAAACUGGCUCUAACUGUGUAUGUGGGGUACUGUAUGUGGUAUAAAUGUGCACACACAGUACACCACACACUAUUAUUAUUUAAUAUUAUACAAAAUAUUACAAGCACCCAACAGUCCAAUAAAUCUUCCAGGAAUAUGUUUAGCAUUGCACAAUACAGCUUUAUUUUAUUUCCAUUUAAAAAUAUACAUAUAUUAUUAUUAGUAGUAUUAUUAUUAUGAAUAAUGGUAAUGCUUAUAAUAAAGUUAUUCAUUGUGUUCUGUGAAUCAGUUUAUACUUUGAAAAAAAAAAAAAUCUGUAAACUCAGAUACUGACGUUGUGUUCAGAAAAGUAUUUCCCUGUUCAUAUUUCAUCAAAAGAGCCAGGUUCACUGAUACUCAUGUCAUUGCUUUCAUCAUGGUAAAACCAUAAUUGGUCAAUACUUUCCCCAGAUGCAAAAGGUAUUACAUUUUCUUAAUUUAUGAAAAAUACGUUGUGCUGUUAGUCUUUUGUUUUGUUUAUUAAAAAGACGUUGAGCUAACAGAUUAACACAAAAUAAUGAGUGAUAAUUUUUAUACAAUUUAGUUUUGUCCAUGUCAUGCAGUUGGUGAAAUUUAUUCUGCUGAUCAGGAACCAAAGUUUUUUGUUCUCCUACACAAAUAUUGUUGUUGUAAAAAUGUAUGUGCCUUGAAAUUAACUCACAAUGUCAAGUCCUUCAAACCUCUAAAUGUUUUUGCACAAAAUGUAUAUAUAGUAGUGAUGCUUUUGAAAAUAAUAAAUACAAUAAUUGGGA